UUCCCACAAAGGUGGACCUAGCCCUGAACACAUAACAGCCGGGGGACUUGUUGAGUUUGCACUGAGCUUCCCUCCAAAUGAGGCAGGGGGCGUUUUUAUGGUGUUGAGUCGCUAAGCCCCGCUCUCCCUAGCUUCCUGUGCUCUCUGGGGACAAAGGUGGGGGCCCCUGGAACCCUCUGUGGGCUGGCAGCGUGCUUCCUGCACCCAGCGCCAGCCCGCCCUGGGGAGGGGCUGAGCCCGCCCUACUCGUGAUAAGGCACGGGCAAGGGCUGCCCUGAAGGAAGCUCCAAAGAGAAAGGAGGGCAGGAAGCCCACGGCCCGCAGGGGUGUAGCCCGAGACCCACCCGCAGCCCCCAGUCCUUGCCAGGAAAGCAGCAGCCGCAGCCAUGGCGGGGAUGAAGACAGCCUCCGGGGACUACAUCGACUCGUCAUGGGAGCUGCGGGUGUUUGUGGGAGAAGAGGACCCGGAGGCCGAGUCAGUCACCCUGCGGGUCACUGGGGAGUCACACAUCGGCGGGGUGCUCCUGAAGAUUGUGGAGCAGAUCAAUCGCAAGCAGGACUGGUCAGACCAUGCCAUUUGGUGGGAACAGAAGAGGCAGUGGCUGCUGCAGACCCACUGGACACUGGACAAGUACGGGAUCCUGGCUGAUGCACGCCUGUUCUUUGGGCCCCAGCACCGGCCUGUCAUCCUUCGGUUGCCCAACCGCCGCGCGCUGCGCCUCCGUGCCAGCUUCUCCCAUCCCCUUUUCCAGGCUGUGGCUGCCAUCUGCCGCCUCCUCAGCAUCCGGCACCCCGAGGAGCUGUCCCUGCUUCGGGCUCCUGAGAAGAAGGAGAAGAAGAAGAAAGAGAAGGAGCCAGAGGAAGAGCUCUAUGACUUGAGCAAGGUCGUCCUGGCUGGGGGCGUGGCGCCUGCACUGUUCCGGGGAAUGCCCGCUCACUUCUCGGACAGCGCCCAGACCGAGGCCUGCUACCACAUGCUGAGCCGGCCCCAGCCGCCACCCGAUCCCCUCCUGCUCCAGCGUCUGCCACGGCCCAGCUCCCUGUCAGACAAGACCCAGCUCCACAGCAGGUGGCUGGACUCGUCGCGGUGUCUCAUGCAGCAGGGCAUCAAGGCUGGGGACGUACUCUGGCUGCGCUUCAAGUACUACAGCUUCUUCGAUUUGGAUCCCAAGACAGACCCCGUGCGGCUGACACAGCUGUACGAGCAGGCCCGGUGGGACCUGCUGCUGGAGGAGAUUGACUGCACCGAGGAGGAGAUGAUGGUGUUUGCUGCCCUGCAGUACCACAUCAACAAGCUGUCCCAGAGCGGGGAGGUGGGGGAGCCAGCUGGCACAGACCCAGGGCUGGACGACCUGGAUGCGGCCCUGAGCAACCUGGAGGUGAAGCUGGAGGGGUCGGCGCCCACAGAUGUGCUGGACAGCCUCACCACCAUCCCAGAGCUCAAGGACCAUCUCCGAAUCUUCCGUCCCCGGAAGCUGACCCUGAAGGGCUACCGCCAGCACUGGGUGGUGUUCAAGGAGACCACACUGUCCUACUACAAGAGCCAGGACGAGGCCCCUGGGGACCCCAUUCAGCAGCUCAAUCUCAAGGGCUGUGAGGUGGUUCCCGAUGUUAACGUCUCCAGCCAGAAGUUCUGCAUUAAACUCCUAGUGCCCUCCCCUGAGGGCAUGAGUGAGAUCUACCUGCGGUGCCAGGAUGAGCAGCAGUAUGCCCGCUGGAUGGCUGGCUGCCGCCUGGCCUCCAAAGGCCGCACCAUGGCCGACAGCAGCUACACCAGCGAGGUGCAGGCCAUCCUGGCCUUCCUCAGCCUGCAGCGCACAGGCGGUGGGGGCCCAGGCAACCACCCCCAGGGCCCUGAUGCCUCUGCCGAGGGCCUCAACCCCUAUGGCCUGGUUGCCCCCCGUUUCCAGCGGAAGUUCAAGGCCAAGCAGCUCACCCCACGGAUCCUGGAAGCCCACCAGAAUGUGGCCCAGUUGUCGCUGGCAGAGGCCCAGCUGCGCUUCAUCCAGGCCUGGCAGUCCCUGCCCGACUUCGGCAUCUCCUACGUCAUGGUCAGGUUCAAGGGCAGCAGGAAAGACGAGAUCCUGGGCAUCGCCAACAACCGACUGAUCCGCAUCGACUUGGCUGUGGGCGACGUGGUCAAGACCUGGCGUUUCAGCAACAUGCGCCAGUGGAAUGUCAACUGGGACAUCCGGCAGGUGGCCAUCGAGUUUGAUGAGCACAUCAACGUGGCCUUCAGCUGCGUGUCUGCCAGCUGCCGAAUUGUACACGAGUACAUCGGGGGCUACAUUUUCCUGUCGACGCGGGAGCGGGCCCGUGGGGAGGAGCUGGAUGAAGACCUCUUCCUGCAGCUCACCGGGGGCCAUGAGGCCUUCUGAGGGCUGUGUGACUGCCCCUGCCCUGCUCACCACCUGUCACGGCCACUCCCAAGCCCACACCCACAGGGGCUCACUGCCCCACACCCUUUCUAGGCAGGCACCCAGCUGGGCAUUUCACCUGCUGUCACUGACUUUGUGCAGGCCAAGGACCUGGCAGGGCCAGACACUGCACCAUCACCCAGGCCAGGGAUGGGGGUGGGGGUCCCUGAGCUCAUGUGGUGCCCCCUUUCCUUGUCUGAGUGGCUGAGGCCGAUACCCCUGACCUAUCUGCAGUCCCCCAGCACACAAGAAGACCAGAUGUAGCUACAGGAUGAUGAAACAUGGUUUCAAACUGGAGUUUCUUUCUUGUUACUUUUUAAAAUUUCUUUUGUAUAAAUUAAUAUUUUAUUGUUGGAUCCUC